CAUACCUGGACUUCGAUCGCCUCACCAAAUCCUCUUCUGGACUGACCACCUCUCAACUACCACCUGAUCGAAAGAAGAAAAAAAAGGAGUGAACACACUCAACACAAACAUGUUAUUCGACGAGAACUUCACCUUUGAACCUCCCCGAUCACCUUCAUCGGGCUCGGAUACCACCACCACCACCACAUCAUCCUUCACCACGCGAGACACCUCUCGAGCCGUUUCGCCUUGCACAUCAUCAUCAUCAGCAGGAUCGGCAGCCUCUCCUGUCCCACGCUUCUCAGUCACCGACCUAGCUGUCGAUUUCGCCAGCUCGAGACUCCGACACGAGGCACAAAUCUGUUACGAUUCCUGCGAAGCCUACGCCAACAUGGACGAUGAUGAUGCGAGUUGGGAAAUUCCUGGCAGUGACGACAGCAACGACAGUAGCAGCAUGACAGAAACACUUUCGAGACCGAGAACCCUCCCGCCGCCGCCGGUGCUACAACGAUCUUAUUCUCCUUCGAGAAGAAUGGCAAGACAGUUGAAUACACGCUUGUUAUGUUCGACUUCCCAUGCUAAAGAUAUUGCUGCGCUGGUGGGGCAAAUGGUGGAGAGGAAAGAGCAUUGUAAUGUAGUGAUGAUGAGGAGCGACUCGAGAAUGCAGAGAUGCGAUACCAACAUGAACAUGAGCAACAAUAAUGAAGACGAAGGCUACGAUAGCGGAACUGGAGGAAGUACCACCACUCGUCUCUCCUCUCGACGCUCUUCUUCCAUAUUCGCCGUCCAACAACAACAACAGCAACGUCCCCGACUCGUCGAUUACAGACGUAUGUCGGAUUUGAAAUUGGCAGCCGGCGGAGGAUGUGGAGGAGGAGGAGGAGGAGCACGAGUCUGUAAAACCAUCCGACAGAAGAAAAGUAUCAAAUGUAUACGGGUACGGAGUGGUGGGGAGACGGUACAGUGAACGUGUCUCUUUUUUUUUGUCGAGGCAUUUUUGCCGUGUCUUGUUGCGUGUGUAGCGUACGUGUUGAAUGAAUUUAGCGAAGGCGCUGGGGGAUGGAGAAACACAGUUACCUUGGUGACGGAGACUCGAGGAAUUGGAAUUGGGAUGAGAGGGUAGACCUUUUGGUUUGCGAAGGAUCCAUGAGAGAGAGAGAGCAUCAGAGAGAAUGAAGCUACCUCGUUGGGUCGACAGCACGAGACAAAAGUUGUAAGGUAGCAACCAACGAUAGAGAUAUUCG